AUGAGGUGGCCGAACUCGAAAUUGUGUCGGUUGCUAGGCCACGGCCAUAUUGGUUUUUUUCUUGUUUUUUUCGCCAAUUGGCGAAAAAACAACAAAAAAAACAACAACUUUGGCCAAAAAGUUGUGUUCUUCAAAAAGCAGAUUAACAUCGAAUGCGUGUAUAUAGAUAAAAUCGGAUUUUGUAAAAGGUUAGUUCUAUUUUAUGAAUUCCAAAUUGCAUCGAUUGAAUAUUUUGUUUUUCUUUACCAAAAUGUAUCAAGUGUUAAGCGUGGGUUCUAAAUAUUGUACUUAAGUAUUUUCAUUGAAAAACAUUUAUUAUUCAGGACAAUCAAGGAAAAAUGCAAGUCCGGAUACACGCCAAAAACACCUUCACAAUUAUCAUGA